AUGGACGGUCACGACCUCUACGACCCACCACUGGCGAGGACGUCGACGUCGCGGUCGCGCGGACGGUCGGCCUCGCUCUCUGCGUCUUCGGCGCCGUCGUCCCAAGUUUUCGGUACCGCAGGACGAGCGAGACGUCAAUCGCUUUCGUCUGUUCCGACGACGAACAAGGCGGCACAGUCGUCGGGAAAUCUCUCAGACGACGAGCACCAAGAACCGCUUAUCGACCUAAGUCCUCCUUCUAGCCACGACUCGCUCAGCGGUCCGUCAAAGCAGUCCGGCCCCGAUGCGGCUGCCGAUCGUGCUCUGUGGCGAGACGGUCGUCAGAGCAAGCAGCAGGUGCAGGAGGACGACAAGAACUUCAAGCCCACGCCCGACAUGGAGUCGUUCAUGGCGCAGCUCUGCGAUUUGACGCAUGCCAUCGACGCCCUCGAGAACGACAUUGACGAGAUCGUCGGCCUCCGCAACAAGAUUGUCAAGCUCGACCCGAAAGUCGACGUCGGCCAAGUCUCGCUUCGCGCGGACCUCGACGCCCUCGCCGCCCUCACGACCCAGACGGGCAAAGGGAUCGUCAGUCUCGAGACCUGGCUCAUGCAGCUCAGCGAUUGGAGCUACGACGUCGAGAGUCUCGUCAAGCAGGGCAAGUUGUCCGAGACCCAGGCCGAGGUGGACGAGAUCAAGUACCACGUCUCGAGCGCGAUGCAGGACUUCCGCGAAGCAAUGGAGAGGAUCCGCGAAGGAGCCGAAAAGGAACGCUUCCGCCGCGAGCGCACCAGGAUCUGGAUGUGCCGCCACAUCCGCCACCGCGAGCCGGGUAUCAAGGACGCAGAUAUCGUCGGCUUGUUGCGCGCCUCCGAGAUGGGGGCUGCCGACGGCAUUGUCAAGAACAGCGUCACGUCCUACGCCGGUCUCUUCGCCCUGCAAAACCCGUUCACCGAGCUCGAAGCCCUCACCCGCGACAACAUGGCUUUCUUCCACGACGUCUUCGACGACGACAUCGUCAACGAGAUGACGGGACGCAGUCAGCGCAGGAGGCCACGCCUCACCUCGAGCAAGAAGAGCAAGAAGACGAAGAAGUCGAAGAAGACCUCCUCGACGAAACCCGCCGCGCCUGCUCCUCGCCCCUUCUUCGGCUCACGCUACGGCUUCAUCUCCGGCAUGCGUCCGCAGCGCACGGGCGGCGCAAGCCUGCUCGACGACCCGGACGAAGACGCUUACGAGCGCAAGUUCCGGUACAUCCAGGGCGAGCAGAUGGCGGCGGAGAAGGACCUCGAGUAUGGGUUUGCGAGGCAGUACGAGAUGGAUAGGGUCAGCAGGAGGAAGAAGGGGAUUGUCGCUUUGCUGGCAGUCAUCAUCCUCGCCUUGAUCGUCGCCAUCAUCCUCGCAACAAUGCCAAUCCCGCAGAAAGACUGGGCCGCAGCCGUCCUCUCGCCCGACGACUCGUCUCCCUCGUCCCCCUCGUCCCCAUCGCCGACGACCCCGCCUGUCGUCUCGGCCUCGCCGACCGACGACCUCGAAACUCCCGACAUCGAGUCAGCAGCGACAAGUGUCGUCUCAAUCGCGACUGCUCGUCUCGAAAGCGUCGGCGACAGCCUCCUCUCGUUCGCCUCGUCCAUCGACGCGCUUAGCUCGCCCACAUCGCCGCCUCAGUCUGCGUUCCCCUUCCCUACUGCACAGUCGACCAUGCCGGCUGGAUCGCAAGUCGCGGGCUGGCCGCAGCAGCAAGGUACGACGAACCAGAACAACGGGUUGUGGCAGCCGGCUCAGCAGGCGCAGCCGAUGUCGGCGUGGUAG